GAACGUCCGCGUUCGCCCACUCGUUUCCCCAACUCCCAUUUCAUCUCCCGCCACCGUGCUCGCCGUCAUCCACAGCGUCCACGCGCUCUUCUCACAUUUUCUUAAGAAAUGAAGACCACCCACUCGGACGGUGUGACCACCGUCGACCAGCAGCCGUGUGUUAUCCCAAACUUCACCGUCAAGGACUUGCUCUCGUCCAUUCCUGCUCAUUGUUUCAAGCGGUCGGCACUGCGCUCGUCAACAUACAUUGUUUGGGACCUGUUCCUCAUCGCCUGCUUCUGGAAAGGCACCACCUACCUUGACGCUCGCAUUAGCCCCGAGUACAUCUCCUUGCCUUCACCUCAAUUGUACACUCUCGCCAAAUUCGCUCUGUGGACUUUCUACACCUUCCCCACUGGUCUCGUAGCCACCGGUCUAUGGGUCAUUGCUCACGAAUGCGGUCACCAAGCAUUCUCUGAAUCCAAGGCAAUCAACAAUGCCGUCGGCUGGGUUCUCCACUCUGGGCUCGGUGUCCCGUACCAUUCAUGGCGCAUCUCCCAUGCGAAGCACCAUGCCUCUACCGGACAUAUGACUCAGGACCAGGUCUUUGUCCCUAAGACUCGCUCGCAGUUGGGUCUGCCCGCUCUCAACCCCGCCGGCGAGGACCUCCAGGGAAGCAGCGUGACCGACGAGGUCAUGAAGGAGCUGUACGAGGCUAUUGGUGAUUCUCCUAUUGGUGCGAUGUGGGGGUCUUUCACCUACCUGUUCUUCGGAUGGUGGAUGUACAUCAUCAGGAAUGCGUCUGGCCAAAAGCGGUACCCUGCUGGAACGAGCCACUUCAACCCCAACGCCGUCAUCUUCCGUCCUGACCAAUAUGGUCAGAUCGUGGUGUCUGUUGCUGGCAUUGCACUCUGGAUGGCCGCUAUUGGUUUCUCCAUCAACAAGUGGGGCUUCUUCGAGGUCUUCCGCACCUACCUCGUCCCUUACUUCUGGCACGUGCUUUUCCCCUUCCCUCUGGUAAACCACUGGCUCGUCCUUAUCACGUUCCUCCAGCACACCGACCCCCUUCUUCCCCACUACCGUGCACCUGAAUUUACCUUCCCUCGUGGUGCCCUUGCGACUCUCGACCGUCAACUUCUUGGCGAUUGUGGAGCUAUCAUGGGCUGGAUCGGUGCUCAUGUCACGCACGGUAUCUCCGAGACUCACGUUGCUCACCACGUCGCAAGCAAGAUCCCUCAUUACAACGCCUGGGAGGCUACAUACGCUCUCCGCAAGCGCCUUGAGCAAUCUGGCGUCAGGCUUCAGGGUGCACCAGGCAGCUGGGCUGAGGUCUACCGUGUCUUCAGGCAGUGCAAGUUCGUCGAGGACGAUGGCAACAUUGUCUUCUACAAGAACGCCCAGGGUCUCGCCGCCACCCGCCCCGUCUACCCCGACGCCAGCGCGUCCGACUCCGGUAUCGAGUUCAACGACAAGUAAACUAGAACGCAUUGCAACUUCCUCUCGCUUUCGAUCCCUUAACACGGUCAUUCAGUCUGGCGCUAGAUGUGGACGUACUCUUGUCCUCUCUUUCCCUUGCAUUGCAAUUUGUCGCAUCCGUUCUUGUCAUUGUGUCUCGCAUAUCGUUUUCAUUCGUUCUGUUCGUUCAUUUCUACGGGCGGAUUCUGUCGUGCUCCUUUUCAGUGCGGCGGUAGAUCAUCUGUUCGUUGCCACUCGUCCGAAAUAUUAGAGUUUCGCCUUAGAAAACCCUACGUACGAGUUUCUUAUUUGUUUAUACUUUACUCUUUCCUUCUAGACGACCUAGUCUUUCACGACCUUUGCCCCUUUACUUACUUGGUGUUCUGCUUGAUAUUCCCUCGCCUCUGGUGGUGAGUAUGUUGGGUGGAUAUCAGGUCGGGAGGGGUGGGGGGAAUGGAGGCUACUUGCUUUAGUACUGUAUAGAGGAAGUGACGAAAGAAAGAAAAUAAUGAUCUUCAUGUUUUGGA